AUGGCGAGACUCCCCAUCGCCUUCUCCCCAAAGGAGCUCCCAGGACCCCCAACACAGCCACACCCAGCUCCCUCCCCGCUCCAGCAGUACAUCGGCCACACGGUCAGCACAACAGACUAUGAUGCCGUCUGCGUGCCCCUCACAAACCGCCGCUGGAUGGAGCGCUGGGAGCGUCUCUGCCUGCGCCCCAUCGACGACGAGGACCCCUACGUCAACGGCGGAGACCACGACGACGAUGCAAUGGACCAGCGCAACGGUCACGCGGCAGAGACGGACCGGGAAGCCGACAUUUGGCGUCGAGAGCCAAACCUCAACCGCGACGAGUGCAACAUCACGCGUCUCGAGGAAGGACAGGCUGUGAUUGCACUGGCGAGCGACUGGCUCGAGCUAGACUCGUUUGACGAGGGCAUCCGCUUCGACUCGGAGCUCGGCCUUCGCGCAGAGCUCCAGCACGCGCUCUACCUGUCUCUCCCAACUUUGGUCAUUCCUGCGCCCAGCCUGGCCAACCGCGCGAGCCUCCCUUCGUACGCUCGCGCCAUCUCCAACUUGCUCCAGCUCGGUGGGCCCAACGCGUACACCCAGAUCUCGAUCCGCAUCCCCGUGUCCGACCCGCUGGAGAUUAUCGGCCAGGGCCCCGCGCCGCCCAACGGCUCAGCAUCGGGCGACAGCAAGCACCACCGUCGCAUGAGCUCGCUGUCGUCACGACCCGCUAGCAUGCACCAGCACCAGCUCAGUCUCACCCAGCUCGGACAGUUGUCGCAGCCGCAGAGCUCGGGGCCGAUCCCAGGCAACCGUGUCACUAGUGUCGCUUCGCAGGCUAGUGCUGCGCCCAGCCAUGCGUCGGGCCGCACAGUCACUCACAGCGCGAUCCACGCGGACCCUAGCAGCACUUGGGAGAUGUGGGACUGCAUCAGGUCCAUGUGCGGCUACCACCCGCGCCUCACCGUCACCCUCGACCUGACUAACCCCUUACCCCCGUCUGUGGGUGCUCUGUCUCGCUGGACCGCCGAGCCCGUCAAGCACAUUUGGCUGCCUGCGACCGCGUUCAUCCCCAACGCCAAGGGCUACCCAGUUCUGUCCAAGGCGUGCCAGGCGUUCAUCCGCGGCAUGACAAAACAGAGCCCUACGUUCAUCCUCGCCGACACCGACUCUGGCCGCCACACGUCGGGGGGCCAGAAUGCGUACCUCCAGUACGUGCGCCACAUUACCUCGCAGGCAUCGCCCAACAGCACCAUUUCCCCACAGGGCCCCGCCGAGGUCGCCUCGGGCUAUGGUGAUUUCUUGCAAGCUCCCCUCCAGCCCCUCAUGGACGACCUGGGGAGCGCAACGUACGACGUCUUUGAGCGCGAUCCAGUGAAAUACAGGCAGUACGAGGAGGCGCUCUACCUCGCCGUCAUGGAGCGCGCGCAGGUGGCAGACGACAUUGUCAUUGUCGUGGCAGGUGCCGGCCGCGGGCCCAUUGUCAGCUGCGCGCUGCAGGCCCUUGACCGCGCCAACGUCGCUGCUCGCGUGUAUGCGGUCGAAAAGAACCCCUCGGCGUUCACGACCCUCCAGGAGCGCAGAGACCUCGAGUGGGGAGACCGCGUCGAGAUUGUGUUUGGCGACAUGCGCACGUUACCUGUGCGUGAGCAGGCCGACAUUCUCGUGUCCGAGCUGCUCGGCAGCUUUGGCGACAACGAGCUCAGUCCCGAGUGCAUUGACGGCGCGAUGCGUUUCCUGAAGCCGGAGGGCGUGUCGAUCCCCACCUCGUACACCGCCUGGCUGGCGCCCAUCGCCUCUGCCAAGCUGUACCACGACGUGACCCAGUCCUCGCGCUCGCCUGGAGCUGCCGAGACUCCCUACGUUGUCAUGAUGCAGCAGGUCAACCUGUUGUCGGGCGACGGCGGUGGCGUCGCUGGCCGGUGUGGCGAGCGUAUUCAGCAAUGCUGGCAGUUUGAGCACCCGCGCCGAGACCUGGUGGUCGACGAGGACGGCGUGCCCUACACAAACUCGCACAACACGCGUUCGGCGACGCUCACGUUCCACAUCCCUCACGCAUCCCCUUGCCACGGUUUUGCAGGAUACUUUGAGGCCCACCUGUACGGCAACGUCGGCCUGUCAAUCCACCCGGACACGAUGCACCGCGUCAGUCCCGACAUGUUCAGCUGGUUCCCGCUCUUCUUCCCGCUCAAGACACCGCUGUACCUGCCGUCAGGCGCCGAGGUGGACGUCAACAUCUGGCGUCUGGUCGACCAGCGCAGCCGUAAAGUGUGGUACGAGUGGAGUGCCGAGGCAUACCUGCCCGCGGCGCCGAACGCCGCGCCCGUCUCGCCGGGUUUGAAGGUCCCCCACCAGAACAUCAACCCCACCAGCCCGACCAUGGACGCGCCGUUCUCCCCGCUCAUGCCGCCGCCCCACCACGACCAGAUGGGCGAUGUCGGCAGGGUGAAAAUUGGCCAGACGAUGCUGCAUAAUGCCGCCGGCCAACAUUACUGGGUCGGCCUGUAG